CGAAGGGAUAAAGAGAAGAAGAAGACGAAGACGAAGACGAAGUUACAUAAGUAAAAGAGUAGGGAAUCUGAGUCUGACCGUGAAGUUGAAAGCAUUUGGAUUGAACCACAACAGCACCUUGUCUUUUGUCUUCCCAAAACCCAUAAAAGAAUUAACAGUAUGUUAUCAACUGGAAAGAAGUUGCAUGCAAGUAAAAGAUCUGAGGGUUCAAUUGCAUAGCUGACUCUAGGCCAUACUUCAUCUUUUUCACCGUCAAAAGAAUGACAUGUUGAAAAGGGUGGGUUUCUGCUGAUUGAAGACUUGUAAGAAAUGGCAGCAGACAUGGCAGAGUUCCUCUGGAGGAAGUCUUUAAAUGCUCUGCAAGAAGCAGAGACUGAAUUAUUUUUUCAAUUCACUCUUGCUUCUCAUUUUCGAAGAAUUAGACAAGUGAUGGAGAGUAAAAAUAUCAAAUUAUGUUUAUCCCAGGCAUCAAGCAUCUGUGAUAUGCUUUAUGACCUCAAUGAUGUACUUGUUGAGUGCCAGAGCUUUGCACACCAAAGGAAAGCACACAAGAAAAACAGGUUACUUUUCAUCUCUUCUAUGGAUUAUCGUUUUGUGGGUAAGAGAAAGAAAAGGUUGGUUGACAUCAAAAAAAAGUUUGAGGAAAUGGUUGAGGAUGAUGGUGAGGGACAAUCUAGUCCUCUUAGAAAUUCACCAUUGAAAUUUAGGGAAGGCAACGGGUCUGAAAUUCCUGGGUUCAAUGACAACAUUAAAGAGAUUGAGAACAUGCUUUUUGAAAAUAUAUCUAAUGAGAAUGGUGCUGAAUUCAAGAUAAUAGGCAUAUGGGGAAUGGGUGGCACAGGAAAAUCCACACUUGCUAGUAAGGUUUUCAAUAGUGAGAAAGUGAGCAGCCAGUUUUCAAGGAAGAUCUGGAUUUGCUUAUCUGGUAUUCAUGGGGGUGAGAAAGACAUGGGGAUUAAGAUUUUUAAGUUGAUGUUGAAGGAGUUAGAUUAUGAUAUUGAUGAAUUAAAGGCAGAUGAUAUUACUAUGAUGGAGCUUUCGCAGACCCUUCAGUGUCUAUUAUCAUACGAAAGGUAUUUGAUUGUGUUUGAUGAUGUGUGGCCCUGGCAUGCCAACAUCUUGGCCACAGACAUUAGUUCAGCAGGGGUACUUCCCAGAGGUUGUAAUGGUACUGUCAUUGUGACAACCAGGCUGCAGAAAGUGGCUACAAUAUUUGGAGCUGAGAAGAUUCAACUUCCGUCCCCAUCGAUGAAACAGGGUUGUUGGAAUAUUUUUGAGCAUACCGUUAAAUCUGGCCUUUGCAACAAGUCUGAAAUUGGGUUUGACCAAUGCUUGCAGAAAAUUGAGGACGAAGUUCAAGAAGAUGGAUUCAAGUUAAUUGGGAUAUGUGGGGUGCGCAAUGCAAGGAAAACCACGCUUGCAAGAAAGUUUUUCGACAGUGUUUUGAGCAGAAAGUUCUCAAGGAAAAUUUGGGUUUGCCUAUCAGGAAUUCAAAGGAAUGAGCAAGACAUUGGGGCUAAGAUUUUAAAGUUGGUUUUGGAAGGGCUAGAUUAUGAUCUUCAUGAAUCAAUAAUAGAUGAUGAUCUUACCGUGAUCGAGCUCUUGGGCACUCUUAAGCAUCUAUUAUCGAAUGAAAACUAUCUGAUCGUAUUUGAUGAUGUGUGGCCCUGGCAUGCCAAGUUUUUGGCUGAAGAAACCAUCUCGUCGGGGGGAUUGCCUAGGAAUAGUGGUGGAGCAGUCGUUGUCACAUGCAGACGGAAAGAAGUGGCUGAAGAGAUAGGAUGUAUGAACAUGAUUCACCUUCAGCAUCCGGAACUGGAGGAUUGUGGGAAGAUCUUUCAGCGCACUCUUCAAUACGAUCCAGAAACAUGGAACAGGAUUAAAAUUGAAAUCGAGUACAAAAUUGGUGUUCUUCCAUUAGCUGCCAAGACACUCGGGGAGAUCUUUUUGGAGAAGAUCCGAGAAUCAGAGAUUUCUUCCCCGACUUCUUGAAAUUCCCACCCUUCUCUCCUCUGUAUUCCCUAUUUGCAAAACAUUUAUGCCCUUUGGAUACAGCAUUGUUUGAUUUCCCAUUUUAUUGCAGCCAUAACAAAAACCCCCUUUGAUCUUAAACAUUUUAGCUCAGAAUAUGAAUCGAGGGUUUCUUCUUCUUCUUCUA